ACAGCAAGAAGCUCUCAUUCUCAAGUAGCAUUCUUUAUCUCAAACCUUCUCUUCAAAAAAAUCAACAGCCUUCAUUUCAAUCACCAAAAGCAAUGGCAAAAGAAUUUCUCUUCUCUGCCUCCUCAAUUCUACUACUAAUCACCCUCUUCUCCGCUGCCACUACCACAACAACAUCAGCUCAGCCACUAUCCCUUGUUCAGGCCCCAAAACAACCACCUCCGGCUGCUGUACCCGCCGGAGCUCCCGGAAUGAACACGGUGCCCCUAGUACCAGUGUCACCCAGUGGAGCCCCCACACCUACCAUCCCCAAAACCCCCACCAUAGACAUUACCCAAAUUCUCAACAAAGCCAAGAGAUUUUCUGUUCUGACCCGUCUUCUGAAAACCACCCAAUUAAUCAACCAGUUGAACUCACAGCUUGUGACUGUUGGAUCAGGCUCAGGUGGGUUAACCCUUUUUGCACCAGAAGACAGUGCCUUCUCCAAGCUAAAACCAGGGCUUCUCAACUCCCUCAGUGACAGGGAAAAGGUGGAACUCUUACAGUUCCACACACUUUCUUCCUUCAUUUCAAUCUCCAAUUUCGACACACUCACCAACCCAGUUCAGACCCAGGCCGGUUCAGACUCCAAGAGGCUGCAGCUGAAUGUCACCACUUACGGCGGCGGCAAAGUGAGCAUGGCCACCGGAGCAGUUAACGCCACCGUUACUGGCACCGUGUACGCCGACAACAAGCUUGCUGUUUAUCAGGUGGACAAGGUGCUUGUUCCGCUUGAUAUGGUUCUUCCUAAGGCGAAGGCUCCGGCACCGGCGAAAGAGGUUUCGCCAAAAUCUGAUAGAAUUAGAAGUAAGAGACAAGAAAAAGCUCGGGUGGAUAUGAAUUGUGAGAGAAAGUGA